AUAUUAUUUUAGGUUAUAUUUGUGUUCUGGAAAUGAUGUACACUUAUAAACUAUAUAAUACUAUAAUUAUACUCAAAUAACUAGAUUUCUUUAAUUAAAAUAGUCUUAAUGUAUUCAAGGCAUUUCAGGACGUUAUGUAAAAAUAUACCUUUAUGGCCCGGAAAGUCGAAAACCCUUAGAAACGCAGCCACUUCUAUCAAUCCCAAUCAAGAUUUUCACAGCUUCCCAGUUCUUUUUAGACCCAUUGACAAGGAACAGGAGACUCAUCAAAUAACUGUGGGUAAAAAUUAUUCAACUACAUUAGCACUGGAGGAUGAGCUAGUGGAUUCAGCUACUUUCGAAAAAGUUUGUGAAGAAACCCUGAAUUCAUUAGCUGAUUAUUUUGAAGAAUUAGUAGAGACUGAAUCUCAGUUUGAAAAUGCAGAUGUUAUGUAUGGGGCAGGUGUUCUCACAGUAGAUUUAGGAAAACAUGGAACAUAUGUUAUAAAUAGACAAUCGCCAAAUAGACAAAUUUGGUUGAGCUCACCCACUUCUGGUCCUAAAAGAUUUGAUUUUAGUACAAAAGAAAAUUGCUGGAUUUAUAAACAUGAUGGUCAGCAUUUGCACGAAAUAUUAAAAAAGGAAUUAGAAAACAUAUUAGGCAAAGGUGUUACAAUAUUAAAUUGUUCCUAUAGUAGUUUAGGAAAAAACAGUUAAUUUAUUUAGUUAUAUUGGUUUACUUUGUUUUUAGUAGUUUUGUAUGUAACUCUGUAUUAUGGAGAUUAAAACACAAUAACCA